GAAACCUGACUUAACUAAUCAUAGUUAGUUGUAACAAUUUUAUAGUUUUCAUAGACAGAUUUACAGUAGUUAGAAAAACCAAGAUGCUUUUUCUUUGAAUUUAAACAUUAAUUUCACAAGAAUCAAAUAAUUUGUGUAACGACAUGACGACGCUGUCCCCUGCUUCUGAGAAGAGGGAAUCAACCAAUCAGACCGCACUUGUCUGUAUGGCUAACAGUACUGAAACGAUAGUCUAUAGCUGCUAGCAUUUUUAGGAGGGGCGGACAUUCUGAGCCAUUAUCUGGCAUUCUUGAAAUACAAAGUGGAUGCCUCUAUGAUCCAGCUACAGCGAAAUAUACCUCUUCGUACAAGACUUCAGCCAUGGCCACGGCAGGCGCAGGACCAGGCACAGCAGAGCCAAAUCGGCCAGGCCCCCAGAGGAAGAUGUCUACCACAGGGGAAAGCCUGUACAAGGUGCUAGGCCUGGAGAAAGGAGCUUCCGCGGAUGACAUCAAGAGAGCUUACAGGAAACUAGCGUUGAAGUACCACCCAGAUAAGAACCCAGACAACCCGGAGGCUGCAGAUAAGUUUAAAGAGAUCAACAACGCCAACUCCAUCCUGAACGAUGAUGGCAAGAGGAGGAUCUACGACGAGUACGGCUCCAUGGGUCUCUACGUGUCUGAGCAGUUUGGAGAGGAGAGCGUCAAAUACUACUUCCUCAUGUCCAAGUGGUGGUUUAAGACCAUGGCCGUGUGCUGCACAGUCUUCUCCUGCUGCUGUUGCUGCUGCUGUUGCUGUUUCUGCUGCGGGAAGUGCAAGCCGCCAGAGGAGGAUGAUCACUACCAGUAUGUGGACCCAGAGGACCUGGAGGCCCAGAUCAAAGCUGAGACGGACGGAGGUCCGCGUGCCCCUAUCGUGAUCCAGCCGCAUUCCAUUACCGUCGAGGUUCCAGAGACCUCCCAGGCUGCAGCCAGUCAGCCCACCUCCAAGCCCCAGCAAUGACCCUCCCCUCCCAGCCCCGUCUACCCGCUGGAGCCCUCCCCUUAGGUGGGCACGGCCCCCCGAGGGCCCCACCCUGGAGCAGCCAGCCAGGCCAGCCGUUACGACAGCCAGGACUCACCAGUGCCAGUCAACCCCCCAUACUGUGGCAAAGGUCCAACCAAAUGGACAUGAGCGGCAUGCUGCCAAGAGACCAGGACUCCUUAUGACUUGAUAUGUCUAUCUACCAAACUGAGGAUUAGAACAAACUCUCCUAUCACUCCAUUGUGUCCCUCUGUUUCAAUCCUCCCUCGUCUAACCCCUCUCCCCCGCUCUCUUUCUCCCUCUUGGACUCUCGUCUCUGUCAGAGCUCUGGGAUUGGAGACUCUUUUCAUGUUCAGUCUGAGUUUUGGGUUUUAAAUAGCCUGACUCAAACCUUCGACCUCCCAGAGACUAAAGCAUGGAUCAGAGGAUGUGCAUGUUAAGUUUGAUCUGCAUGCCCCUACUGUACAACACUGGCACAUACAUACCCCUCUACUACAGCCACCACCACCAUCUUACCCCUGUCAGCGAUACCCCCAGCUCCAGCCAGGUGCACUUACAGAAUGCUGCACAACCAAGGGUCUCCACCUCCACCUGAAUGAGACCCAAAAGUGGGGCCAACAUUCGAGAACAGUGAAAAUGUGCGGUGGGAAAAUUCUGCAUUUAACAGAAAAAUGUGUUGACUGCUUUAUUUAAUUGCUAAUUGAUGUCACAGUUAUGUUAGUUAGACCAAAGCCAAACUACAUGCCACUAACUCCAUGCGUUCAGUAGUCACCAGUUUCUCCUCAUGCCACUAGAGCCAACCUGAGAGGAUUGCCCCUUUUUGAGGUGUAUGCAUGUGGGUCUACUAUGCACUUUUGAAACCUGUGAAUUGGGUAAAUGGUCAUUUCUGAUGGACUGUCAGCUAUCGUAUGGGUCCAGCCAACCAGCACUGCUUACUGAAACAGUCAGCACACUUCUCUCUGUAUUCGAUGGAACUGACAGAUAGAAACAGCUAGCUGACUGCAACCCAACUAUUAUCAAACGUCUCCCAUCUCAAAUGGUGCUUUUGCUUUGCGUUCUCAUAGUCUGUUGUGACAUGGAGAUACAGGUGGUAGGUACUGUAGGGAUCUGUGUUUGACCCAGCCACUAAGUGCACUCUAUGCCACAUUCUAGAGGGACAAUUAUGUUCUCUGUACUGCCUACAGAGAGAUCCCAUCACCAAUGAUUUUGAGACUUUUCAGAUGUUGAUUUGACUUUGAUGAAAUAACACACCAGGGUGUUUUCCAUGGGGUUUUGGUGGACUGAGGCAUGUUGAGUAUUUUAUGGGCUAAAGAUGCACAUGUCUACUAUUUACAACUAGGCAUUAGUCCUCCCGUUCACUCCUUUCUACAGUACGGUCUCUGUGAUGAGAUGAUGCAGGGUUAGGGUCUGUACAGAUCACACAACCAGCCGUUUGUACUUUAGUACAGCUCUCUUUAUGACCCUGGGGGUGCAGAGUCGGCGCUUUCUCAAAUGUACUGUAAUCAGAAUAGUGAAAAAGUGAAGCGAAUGGGUGCCACAUUGUUAUUGCGAGUCAGUCCCAGUGGUGGGUGGGGGUGUGUGUGUAGAGCAUUGUACUAAGUCGUUUGGUUUGUUCAUCUAGUGCUGUGGUCAGUCAGUCAUCCCCUCCCAGUUUCUUUGUGGUUUGUCAUUUGAAAAGGGCAUUCUGUGUUUCCUAAAGAGGGGCUGGUACAUGGUGUUAACCACCUUGUGUAUUGGCUGAAGAACAACCCUAAAGUUAGACUAAAAUCAUGUCAUCAAAUGAUGUCAAGCGUUUUGUAGCUUUGGAUGUUUUUUUUCCUGAGUUUUCAUAAAUGAUUUCAGUAGCUUCAAUUUCUUACUGGAAUUUAUGGCACUUUUCUCCCCUUCAUUUCACUAAGUUAAUAGCCAAAACCCUCCUGAUUUUUUUAAUUAUUAUUUUUUUUUUUUGUCUGUUAUGCGUUUUCGAAAACCAUAGUAAAUCGGAUGCAUUUCAACAUAACAGUGCAGUAUCUAGCCCCAGGGCUCAGAGAGGAGAAAUACCUUUUAUUUACUCAGUGAUUAUUAUUUACAGCAGAUAAGGAUCACCAAUGUGUGUCACAUGCAAAUAACAUUGUAAUAAGGUUGUUUUGAGAAUCUUUGUUGAAUGGAAAAUGUUUUAAGAAUCAACCCCAUAUACAUAGUGUACAUUGUCUAUUUUUUAUUUAUGUCCAACCAAAAGAGCUGUUUAAAAAAAAAAAUGUAAACAAGUUGACAGUUGGGAAGAGAGGACCCUAGACUAGCCAACAUGGUCCUCCCAGGGGGCUGGGCAACUGGUUGACAGAGGUAGGCAGGCUGUCCUAACUGGCUAGGCCACCAUGGCGCUGGUCUACAGUAGCAGACAGACAGGUAGUGUGUAUCUGUCUGCCCUGAGUGUAGGGGGCAAUGAUGUCUCCAUCUCAUCUCUCUUAUAGGACACCGGGUAAUAUGAGGACUCUGCCACUGAAAUGAUUGAUUGUAGUUUUGUCAAUGUUUUCAUUGUCAUUCAUUCUUCAUCAUGACUCAUGGACAAAAAUGAUCUGUAAAUGUGUAUUUAUAUAAUGAAAUCAAAAUUAAAAGA